AUGGACAGUUCACAUCAAGCAUCGGUCGACGAAAAACAAAGUGUGCGGGCCGGAGGAUGUCCUGAAGACCGAGAUGAGAUCGUCGCCGCGAUCGAGAAUGGAGUCGUGGUCAAUGCUUCAGGUUAUCGAGACCAGCUCAACCGACAAUACAGUCUGUUGGGCUUGGCUGGCAUUGCAAUUACCAUUGACAACGCCUGGAUAGCUCUCGGGUCGUCUAUCUCGGUGUCCAUUCUUAAUGGUGGUCCGCCUGGUCUUAUUUUUGGUCUUAUCGUCGCGGUUUUCUAUUACAGCUUCAUCGGGGCGGGACUGGCUGAGCUUGCAUCAGCUAUUCCAACUGCUGGUGGUGUUUACCAUUGGGCCACUAUCGCCGGCGGGCCCAAAUAUGGCCGGAUUCUUGGUUUCUUCACCGGCUGGAUCAACUUCUACGGAUGGAUGUUCGACCUAGCCGCCCUGAUGCAGAUCACGGCCAACAUCUGCAUCAGCAUGUACUCUGUUUACCACCAGACCACUUACACCUACGAGCCAUGGCAGGUCUACAUCACCUACCUGCUUGUUCUCUGGCUUUCCACGGCAGCUGUGAUCUUUGCCAACCGAGUGAUUCCGCACACCCAGAAAAUCGGCAUGUUCUUCGUCAUCGUCGGCGGUAUUAUUACCAUUAUUGUCAUCUCAGCCAUGCCCAAGCGUCACGCUAGUGAUUACUUUGUCUGGAAAUCUUUCACCGAGAAUAACCUCACGGGCUGGCCAGGCGGUUUAGCGUUCUUGUUGGGGGUUUUGAACGGGGCGUUCACCGUGGGAACGCCAGAUGCUAUCACGCAUAUGGCUGAGGAGCUGCCACAUCCGAAGAAGGACUUGCCAAAGGCAAUUGGGCUACAAAUCGGCUUGGGCUUUCUCUACGCAUUCUGCUUCGCCAUCGCCCUCUGCUACGCCAUCACCGAUCUCGACGCCCUCCAAGGCGGCUUUAACACUUACCCGCUCGCCAACAUCUACGCUCAAGCGACCGCCCACGCCGACGGCACCACGAAUCACGGCGCCACCUUCGGUCUCUUGUUCAUUAUCUUGUGCUCCUCACUCCUCUGCUGUGUCGGUACGGUUCUAGCCAACUCACGCAUCUACUGGGCUUUGGCCCGAGACAACGCCGUCCCGUUAUCCCCUCUCUUUUCCCGCGUCAAUGAAAGACUUAGCUGUCCUAUCCCUGCCACUCUUUUCGUCGCAACAAUCGCAACAGCCCUAGGCGCCAUCCCCCUCGGCUCGCCUACCGCCUUCCUCAACCUAACCGGUUCCUUCAUCAUCCUCACCACCACCUCCUACGCCAUCCCGUUCGCCGCCAACAUUUUGACCCGGCGCCAAUACCUGCCCUCCGUCCCCGGCUCUUUUCGGCUAGGCAAGUUCGGAACGCCCAUCAACAUUCUAGCGGUCCUCUUCAUCGUGUUGUUCAACACCCUCUUUUGCUUCCCCUAUGAUUAUCCAACCACGACGGAAUCGAUGAACUAUAAUAGUGUCAUUUUGGUUGGAGUGGUGGCACUGACGGCGUUGUGGUGGGUAGUGCAUGCGAGGAGGAAGUAUCCAGGGCCAAGAGUGAUGGCGCUAUAUAUCCAUGGUGGUGAUAUCACUGGAGAGAAGGUGCAAGUGAGUGAAGGGGUUGAGGUACCUGGUAUUGGCUUGGAGCAGGAGGGAUAUGGAGGCGUGGGAGUAUUGAAGGAGAAGCCUCAGGAGAAGAAGAAGAAGAAGGGUAGUGAUGGUGGGAUACUUCCGUAGAACAUUAGGGGAUUAAUAUUGGGG